AUGCGUCCCGCCGGUGCGGCCUCCGCCUCCACCGCCGGCGAGGACGGGAACGAGCGCGCGCUGAGCUACGGCGACGUCGUGCUCCUCCGCUCCGACCUUUCCAUCCUCCGUGGUCCCCACUUCCUCAACGACCGCAUCAUCGCCUUCUACCUCGCCCACCUCUCCGCCGCCUUCGAGGGCGACGACGACGGCGACCUCCUCCUCCUGCCGCCCUCCAUACCCUACCUCCUUUCGAAUCUCCCGGACCCGGACUCCGUCGCCGCCGUCGCCGAGCCGCUCCGCCUUGCCUCCCGCAGCCUCGUCCUCCUCCCCGUCAACGACAACCCCGACGCCUCGGUCGCGGAAGGCGGCUCCCACUGGACCCUCCUCGUUCUCGACGCCACAAACGGCGCCUCCUGCCCGCGCUUCGUCCACCACGACAGCCUCGGCGUCCUCAACUUCGACGCCGCGCGCCAGCUCGCCGCCGUGCUCCGCCCGCUGCUCCCCGGUGCCGCCAACGGAGCCCCGCUCGUCGAGGGGCCUACCCCGAUGCAGGCCAACGGGCACGACUGCGGCGUCUACGUCAUUGCAUUGGCCAGGGCUAUCUGUAACUGGUGGAGGGACCGUCGAGGGCAGCAGCAGGAGGGUGGAGCAGAUUGGUUCGACACUGUGAGGAAGGAGGUGGACGCCGAAAGCGUCAAGGCAAUGAGGGCCGAGCAGCUGCACCUGAUCGCUCGCCUCAUCCAAGACAAGGAGGAUGAGAAGAAGAACAAGGCCGGUGAGGUUGCAAGCUUCAGCUAUGUCUACUUUGCAAUCCUUGGUUUACAAGACGACGCUGGAAACAGAACUGACGAAAUGCAGUUUGGGGGCAAGACAGAAAGAACAAAGCUAUGA